AUGGCAAACAACUGCACAGACAAGUUACCGCCUAUCAAGUUGCCCAGCUGGCUUUCUGAGAAAUGGGUGAUGAGCAUGUGGAUAGGAAGCUUCAGUAUUUUAGUGAUACUUUCGUGUUUCAUCUUUAUCCCAGUGGCUAUUACAAUGACCGACACAGACGGCAACUGUUUACUGUAUGCUGACUCCCGAGAAUUCGGCGCCCUGUCUGUGUGCUCAUAUUGUGUUGCAAUAGCCGUGAUCUUCCUGAGUGUCUGCUGUCUGCGGCUGACCUUGCUGAUUCUGAAGCUGACUCGGUUUUCAUCAAAGAUAGAAGAAGCUGCCUUGUGGUUCAGUAUUUGGGGCGUGCACAUUGCCAUCUUUGGCUUAGAUUUAUUGUUGGUGCUACUGUUGCUGGUGAGCUCAUGCCUUCUGUCUGCAGGCUUGUCUAGGAUGUGCGAGGAUCUCUUUAAAGGGAGAACACUAUGUGCUUCAGAAUAUGGCAUAGAACUUUCUAAUGGAGAUAUCCUGAAAACAUUUUAUCUGGACUUAACAAUGGCUGAGGGUGCAGCAUGGAUGACAUUUGUGUACUGGUCAAUGAUUGUAGCGCUGGAGUCUCUCAUUCUCUGGAAAAAUGAGACGAUUGUGAACACUGCCAAUCAAGUGCUCUCAUUUGUUCGUAGGAAAUAA